UCGGCUGCGCACUCGCUCAGUCCAGUCCAGCUGGCGCACUUCCGUCGCCGCGGCUCUUCCGGUCCGAGACGGCUGGAGCUGGAGUCUGAGUGAGGCAGGUGUGUGUCCCACCGACCGACUGACAUACCUAUCAGCGGACCAUGGUGCCUGGCGGGGCUUCGCGAUGGGGGCUGCCCCUCGGCACCGUUCUGCUCCUGCUGCUCGGCCUGGCAUCCGUCGCGCCGGAGCCGCCCGGAGCUGCCUGUUCCCAGAAGACCAACACCACCUGUGAGGAAUGCCUGAAGAAUGUCUCUUGUCUUUGGUGCAACACAAAUAAGGCAUGUCUGGACUACCCGGUUAGAAAAAUCCUGCCACCUGCUUCUCUUUGUCAGUUGAGUUCUGCACGCUGGGGUGUUUGCUGGGUGAACUUUGAGGCAUUGAUCAUUGCCAUGUCGGUCGUGGGGGGCACCCUCAUCCUGGGCGUUGCUGUCUGCUGCUGCUGCUGCUGCUGCAAGAAGAAGCGGAGUCGAAAGCUAGACAGAGGGGACGAGAAGGCGAUGAGAGAACAGGAGGAGCGGCGGAUUCGGCAGGAGGAAAGGAGAGCAGAGAUGAAGUCAAGACAUGAUGAAAUCAGGAAAAAGUAUGGUUUGUUUAAAGAAGAAAAUCCAUAUGCAAGAUUUGAAAAUAACUAAAACACACUCCUGACGUGCCAGUCAACCCCAAAGCUGCUUUGAGGCGCACACGCUCCCCAGCCCUGCCCUCCAGGGGUCACUGCAAGGCCCUGUCUGUCUCUGACCUUCAUGAAGUGAACCUGCUGGCUCCCCUGCUGGGCCAGUCAGGGAGCUACCCUGGAAGGACAAUCCUGCUCCUGUUCCUGCAAACUUGUGACCCUCUGUCCCUGUUAUCUCUGUUCCUGUAUUUAGUCACUUGGGACAUUAAGCCUGCUGGGUUUGUGUUUGUUGUGGAGGAGGAAGUGUGCAGUUCCACUACUCUUAUUUGUGAGCUGACCACAAACACAGCAGCCUUCCAGCACUAAUGCACAUGGCUGCUAAUUUCUCAUCACAGCAGCAGGACCCCUGUGUCCUCUCUGCCUGUUAACAAGCUCCAAUAGUGAAGCGAAUAUUUGUCAUGGGCAGAAUUGACCAGUCCCUUGCCGUUUCCCAUGAAACAUGGACAGCAUCUCUGUGUUCAUGUGUGCAAAGCCUGGUGUGUCUUGUUUGGAUCCGUAUCCUCACACAUGUUACUUCAGGUGACAUCUCUUUGAAAACUUCCUGUGUACAAUCUGGUAAGGAUUUACUUCCUGACUCCAACUA